AUGAUACUGUCUUCAGACCCUCCUACGAGGGCGCGAGUCUUGUCCGUGAUCGCAUGUACGACAAUUGCCCUUGCAUGCGGCACAAACUAUGGAUACUCAAUAUGGGGCCCAAGUUUCGCUACCCACCUCAAGUUGUCUGCUACCGAUAGUAACCUCAUUGGAACUAUUGGCAACUUGGGCAUGUACGCGUUCGGCAUUCCCUCUGGAAUCAUGGUAGAUGCAAAGGGUCCCCGCUGGGGUGUUGCGUUGGGUAUCUGUCUGUUUGCUGCAGGAUACUACCCGAUUUCUCAAGCCUACAAUGCUGGACCAGGGGCAUACAGCGUGGGCUUGAUAUGUCUCUUUUCUUUCCUCACCGGAGCCGGCAGCUCUUCUGCGUUUACAGCGUCUCUCAAAGCCGCCGCACUGAACUUUCCUGAGUCUCGGGGAACAGCAACAGCCUUUCCGUUGGCGGCUUUUGGAUUGAGCGCGAUGUUCUUUGCAACAAUUGCACUGCUCAUCCCCGCCGGGACCGAGAACUUCCUCAUUCUGCUGGCAACAGGCACGGUCUUGAUGCCACUGCUUGCUUUUCCCUUCCUUCGUGUCAUUCCCCACCAUUCGUACCAUCAUAUACCUCAGCAAGAUCGUCAAGCGAUGCACAGGACCCGAUCGUUCGGAAGCCAUGAUUAUUCCCCUACUGAACAACCAGGUGCGGCACAUCCCACAAAGAACACCCCAUCCUCGAGCAGCACAAUAUCUCACAAGCCCGAAACGACCCCCGGUUCAGGGGACGAGCAUUCCUCCCUCCUCUCCAGUUCCGAUGCGGAUGAUGUAGAAAGUUCCAGCCACCCAGAUUCUGACAGGAAUCAUGAGUCCCCUCAUUUAGACAUCAGGGGUUUCGCACUUCUCCCAUUGCCUGAAUUCUGGCAGCUUUUUUCCAUGCUCGGUCUCCUGACCGGCAUUGGCCUUAUGACUAUAAACAAUAUCGGCAAUGAUGCACAGGCACUUUGGAAGCACUACGACCCGUCGGUCACACCGGCGUACAUUGAGAAGCGCCAGGCGAUGCACGUCUCGAUCCUUUCGUUCUGCAGUUUCGCAGGCCGUCUGACAAGUGGCAUCGGCUCCGACGUACUCGUGUCCAAGCUUGACCGCUCUCGCUUCUGGUGCCUUUUCGCCUCGGCGGUAACGUUCUGCGUUGCGCAGAUCGCUGGCACUGCCAUUUCGACACCCCGUUUUCUCGUCAUCCUCUCGGGCCUGACGGGUUUCGCGUACGGGAUGCUCUUUGGCGUCUUCCCUAGUCUCGUCGCGCACUGCUUUGGUGUGCACGGCAUGAGUCAGAAUUGGGGAACAAUGACCCUCGCGCCCGUGAUAUCGGGCAAUAUUUUCAACAUAUUAUACGGCCGCAUAUACGAUAGCCAUUCGAUCAAGAACGAGGCCGGCGACAUGGAGUGCCUGCAGGGUCGAGAAUGUUACCGAUCAGCCUACUGGGUGACGUUCGUGGCGGCGGUCCUCGGCGUAGGAUGCUGCCUUUGGAGUAUAUGGCACGAGUACCAGAUUCACCGCGCACGCCAUGGCAAGGAGCAUACCGAGCAUCAUGAGAGAACAGCAUAG